CCUGACCUCGUCAAGAUGAAUUCGGAUCCCAAGUUCUUGCACAUCCCGUACAACAAACGAUGGGAGUACUUGAAGGACACCAUCAUGCAGCUGUACCUUGAGGAGGGUGAAAAGGUUGAUCAAGUGGCCUCCAGAAUGAAGUUAGAGUAUUCUUUUGAUGCUUUGCCGAGUGCCUAUAAGUAUCAGUUUCGAAAAUGGGGCAUCAAGAAAAGCACUUCUUCCAAGGUCAAGGCACAGGUUGUCAACACGCAAUUGAAGAGGAAGAGAGCGAGCACUUCUGACCUCACCAUCGUUGAAGGCGGGCGUGAGAAGCCAUUGGACAAGAAGAAGCUGAAGCGCUACCUCGAACGUCGCCAUGGCCUCGUCUUGACAAGCGGGAUCUUCUUGCGCAUGAAUCUUCCAUACAACGCCCUUGUUGCCAAUUUCAUCCACCCAGGCGGUCCACCGUCGCCAUUUGCUUUCGUCUCCCAGUCUCAUCCCAACUCUCCAGCAAACAUCAUAGUCAACAGCCCCGACAACCAUCGCACUCCUUCUUCUCAACCAGUUGGGCCUUCACCAACGACCCAGCUGAUACGAGAUAAAGCGCAUCUUGAAAGAGCAGAUCUGUUCAUCAAAGGGCAGUAUCAGGAGUUGCUGCUCCAACUAGACCGGGACGAGCGCAAAGGCCCCGAAACCUGGACUCCUGGCCUCAUUGCUGCAAAGACCCUUGGUUCAGUCGAGUUGGAAGGCUCAGCUGCUACUCCCGGCGACUCAACAUCCAUACCUGGAGCUUCUCGCAUCGCAGUUGACCCACCCUCCCAACUCUGUCGAUGGAGUAUCCACUACGACACAGACGUAGAAUAUGAAUCUGUACCAUCACCACCACCCGAGAAUGACAACGAGCAGGAUAUCGAGGAUGAGUCAACAUGGCUGCCAUGGGAUGCUUCUCGUGGUCACCCCACCCCUGCAGACACAAUGAGAUCGGCACUCUCAGACAACAGUUUCUCACGCAUCGACGAGCACGACGUCCCACUAUCCACAUUAUCGAUAACGAGGGCGGUACAUCGUUCUCAGGACCAGAUCGAGGUAGACUCGUGGGGAUUUGCCAUCAUGGCAAGGAAUCUAGAUGCUCUGGGAAGGAUGAGGCCUACUGAGAGCUUGAAGCAUAUACACCCAUUUCACCUUGCUGCGUCACACUUGGAUGGAGCUCAUAACUGCUGCUUGGUCCUCAAUUACCUGCAUUCAGCUCUGGAAUUUAAAUGUCCCUUGGAAGACAACUAUACGAACGAUCUCGGGCAUACAGUUCUCGACUCUUUCAUGAUAAACAUUCUUCGAUCACACACUUUGAUGAAACCCAGCGAGGUCUGCCGCAGCUUCGCAAAACAAAACCGGUUUCCUGGCGAGGAGGUGGACAUCUGUGGGCGAUGGGACGCUGACUCGAGGUGUAUCCGACAACUCUACGCUUCAGGCAGAUGCACGGUUCCGUUCGAAUGGAAGCAUCCCUACUGUCACACCUCGGUCCAGGCCAUUUGUCACUCAAUCAUAGCCCUUUGCUUGUCAGACUACGGUGUCGAUAUCAAUAUCUCCAGUGGUUUGUUUUCAAAGAGUUGUUCCUGCUGUCGCAAGGACCUGAAGCUUAGACCGCUCCAUACCCUAGUUAUGGUGGCAUUCUAUCUGGGAGACCGUGGAGUCCCGGGGGAGACCAUGUUUGGCGUGAUUGCAACUUUGAGCUGCAUGCUCGCCGCCUACGCAGACCCUACCAUGGCUGCUGACAUAUCUGUUUCUGAGCUAUUUGGGACUGGGGCUGGAGCUGAUGCGGGUGAAAACUGCACCCAUAGCCCUGUCACACCUUCAGAACUUGCCUCAAGCGUGCCGGAUGAGAUCCUCAAGUCCUGGCCGCAUGAGCGACAGCUUGGUUGGAGAACAUUCGUUGCCGUAUUGGAGUUUGCUGUUUCUGAAUGGGUUGAACCAGAUGGGUGGAAGAUCAUAGAUGGACUUUCUCAUAGCCGUGGUCUUGGAGUGCUUUGGGCAGCGUCCCAGACUGAGAUGCUGACCUACCGUCGAAUCAAGACUAUUGACCCCUGGGUCUCUGACAGAUUCAACAUUUACCAGUUACUGCAGGGCCUCGAAGAUGGAUUGGGGCCAACCAACAUCCCGCUCUACAACAACGGCUUAAUGCGGUCUUUUAACACCGGUGGCUGGUUCAAGGGGUCGGAGUCCUACCCGGCCACUCAAGACGUAUGCAAGGACUACUUUAUGAACUUGGAGGACUGGGGCCGUACAACAUUUAUUGAUAUUGCAGAAAAAGUGAGGAGGUUUUGA